UUCACUUCCGCUUGUCGAGCGCGGCAGACAGCAUGGGCAAUGCACAGACGACCGCAGGCGAUGCCACCACGAAAACGACCACUGACCCAAUGGCAACUCCGCCCAUGACUGCUACCCUCGGAAGCACCGCGCCAAGGACACUUCGUUUGACCCUGUCGCACGCCACGAAUCUCGCGGUCGCCGACAUCCGCACGAGCGACCCGUUCGUGGUGUUCUGCGUCGGCAACGAAACCCAGACAAGCACGUGCGUCGCGUCGAGCUUGAAUCCUGUGUGGAGCCUCGAAGUGUUCGAGUUCAAGCUGACAGAGGCCGACAUGCUCACGCGAUCGUUGUCCAUCGCGGUGUACGACCACGACCUGGGCAAGUCCAACGACUUGCUUGGGUCUGCGACGCUGCCCCUCGCGGCCUUCGAGGCCACCAAAGGUCGCCAGGAUUUGGAAUGCCCCCUUGUGAUUCCCGAUUGUUUUGCAUCCCAGCACGUCAACAGCACCCUGUGCGGCUCGGUCGAAGUCGUCGAGUCGUGGCCAACCGUGACCGUGGAAACACGGAUUGAAAUGCAAGAGUUCGAGUUGCUCUCUCUCCACUAUAAGCCGUGCGUGAAAGGUGUCGUCGAGGGGUGGGAGCCCAUCCCGAUCCAGCGCAUGAUGAAUGACCCCCACUGGACGAUACACCUCCAUGUGCAAACGCAAGACGAAACAGACACGCAUGGAUGGCUGUACUCGCACGGACCGACAGGUCCGUGGUACAAGACCAAAUUCAUCGCUGCCAACUACCGCAAGCGAGUGUGGACGUAUCACCCGUAGUGCAGACAUGUUGUGUAUAUGCCAAUUCGAAACCAUUCUGUGGCGCGACGUUUGGCAUCUCCGCCCUCGGA